CUGUGGUAUGAACUAGAAUCACACAAGAGAAGAAAAAAUAAAAGCAUUGAAGAAUAUCAGAUAGAAGAAUGGAGGUAGCCCAGGUACUGCGCAUGAACGGUGGUGCUGGAAAAACAAGCUAUGCAAACAACUCUUUUGUUCAGAAAAAGGCGAUUAAUUUAUCGAAGCCCAUAAGAGAGGAAGCCAUUACUAGUUUGUAUAGCAGCACACUCCCGAGAAGCUUGGCAAUUGCAGAUUUGGGUUGCUCUUCUGGACCAAACACUUUCUCUGUGGUGUCUGAACUCAUCAAGGCCGUGGAGAAGCUUUGUCGGAAGCUGAACCAUAAAUCUCCACAGUACAGGCUGUUUCUGAACGAUCUUCCUGGGAAUGACUUCAACAGCAUCUUUAACUCCCUUGACAGCUUUAAAGAGAAAUUGCAAACAGAAGUGGAAGGUGGGAUUGGUCCAUGCUACUUCUCCGGAGUUCCGGGUUCUUUCUAUGGCAGGGUUUUCCCAGAUCAAAGUCUUCAUUUUGUUCAUUCCUCUUACAGCCUUCAAUGGCUAUCUAAGGUUCCUGAGGGUAUAGACAACAACAGGGGGAACCUUUAUAUAGGAAGAACAAGCCCACCAAAUGUUGCGAGAGCUUACCACCACCAAUUUCAAAGAGAUUUCUCUAGUUUUCUCAAGUGUCGUGCAGAGGAACUGGUUGAAGAAGGUCGUAUGGUUCUCACAAUUUUAGGAAGAAGAAACGAUGCCGAGGAUCCGGCAAGCAAGGAAGGUGGCUACCUUAUUUGGGAGCUUAUGGCUAUGGCUCUUAGUGAAAUGUGUGUGCAGGGAAUAAUAAAGGAAGAGGAAUUGGAUAGUCUUAACAUCCCACAGUACACUCCAUCACCAUCUGAAGUGAAAUUGGAAGUUCUUAAAGAAGGGUCGUUUGUGAUCAAUCGUGUAGAGGUGUGCCAGGUGAAUUGGAAUCCUCUUGAAGAUUGGAACGCUCUUGAGUUUGAAUGUGAAAGGUCUGAAUCACUUCGAGACAGUGGAUAUAACCUCGCACAGUGCAUGAGGUCUGUGGCAGAACCUAUUCUGGUUAGCCACUUUGGUGAACAUAUCAUUGAAGAGGUUUUCAGCCGUUUCCAGAAAAUUCUGACUGAUCGUAUGUCUAAGUGUAAAACUGAGUUCAGCAACAUUACGAUAUUGAUGACUAGGAAAGCAUAAGCAAGAA